AUGACAUUGCAUUUCCCCUGCGAGGUGAUGUGUGUUACGUGUAGGAGUUCAAGGAGAACAUCUGGGCCCCCUAGCUGGGCAGUGGACUACAUUCAACAAUUUGGCCUAUUUGUUUUCUUUGCUCCCCUGUUGCUUAUUGCCAGCUUCUGUUAUGCUCCUUCUGCUAUAGCAACAACUGAAGUUUCAGGGAAUGAAGUGAACACUGAUGGGAAGCUUGUAAAUGAGCAACUGACAAAGACAAGCCUAGGAGGACAUAAUGAAGAAGAAAAAUUCAAAGGAUUUUUUUUCCCAAAACCAAUUCCAAUUGUUAAGCCUUUCCCUAAGCCUAUUCCAAAGCCAACUCCCAUUGUUAAGCCUAUUCCAAAACCAUUUGCAGUGAAAAAGCCAAUUCUUGAUGUUGAGCCAGAGUUAAUUUUCAAGAUUAAGCCUAUCAGGAUAAAGCCUUUUCCUAAACCGCUACCGCCUUUACCUAAAAGGCCUUUUCCUAAAGUGAAGAAAUCAAAAUUUCCAAAACAUUCACAAGCCAAUUCACAAGCCAAUUCCAACUCCAUAAUAUGA